UUGACGCGCAAUGAGUGGGUGCACACCUAUUAAAAGGAUAUCUAACAUAGCAAAGAAGGAUGUUCUUGCAAUCAAAUAAUGCAAUGGACGUUCCGUGCUUUAUUGUGYUCACUAUCGGUCUUAUCGUCCAGUAACUUGACGUAGUUUAUUCAUUUACAGACCCACAUCAGAGCAGUGUACAUGUUGCUWUUUCUUUAUUGACUUAAGCGCUCGUGACAGGAUCUAAACAGGUGCAGCCCUAUAGUUUCCUGUUUUGUGCUGGAUCGAUAACCGCUUUAAAAGAAAUAAAGAUAUCUAGAGUCAUCACUUGUCCUCCAAAUCCAACAGCUCAACUAAGAAGAAAUAUCUACACGGCAUGAACAACUCAAGCAACAGCCCAAUAAAAACCUUCGCAGACCAGUUUCGCAUUGGUACAUCAAUGUUUUCUGUUCUCUUGAUUGUGGGAACAAUAUUCGGGAAUUCACUGGUGAUCGCUGCGUUCGUAACAUUCUCUCGACUUCGAACAGCUACCAAUUAUUUCGUGGUGUCUCUAGCUGUAACUGAUCUCUGUGUAGCGGUGUUCUCUAUGCCUGUCUUGGUAGCGUAUGUUUUAACGGGUCCUUCCUGGGUUCUUGGAGAUCUACUGAAUCAGAUMUGGACUGUCAUGGAUGUAUUGUCUGGUACAGCCUCAAUAGCCAAUYUAGUGGCAAUCAGUCUAGACAGAUGCCUUUGUAUUAACAAGCCUCUYAUGUAUUACCAGUAUAUUACAACUACCCGUGUGCAAAUCGGCAUUGUUGUCAUCUGGGUAUACUCCGUUACCAUGGCAAUUACCAGCUACUUUAUGCGACCUUACCGAGUUUUCAAUUUCGUUGCAUCGGUGAUGUACUUUUGGGUUCCUCUUUUGAUCAUCAUCACAGCUUACUCGAUCGUCUUCAGGGUAGCACUACAACAAGUCAGGCGGAUUAGCGUGGCCAACGUGGAACCUUCACAACGAAGCUCUAGUUUACAUCAAAGAUACAGCUUCGUCCGUGAGUUUAAAGCUGCGAAAACUCUUGCUGUCGUAGUGGGUGCUUUUGUAAUUUGCUGGCUUCCAUUUGUGGURAUCAACGCGAUUUACAGCAUAUGCGAUGAUUGUCCGUACAUAAGCACAAUCCCUAUUCUAGUUACCAAAUGGAUGCAUUAUGGGAACUCUCUGCUAAACCCACCGAUAUACGGGUUUUUGAACAAGGACUUUCGCGUUGCAUUUAAACACCUCAUUUGCUGCAAAGAAAUUGCAUAUAGGGGMGAUCAAUUUACAGAGAAUGCAAACGGUAAAACACGCAUUGUUCCUAAUACAGUAGAACUGCAUAUUGUUAACCAGGCUUAAUCAAAUAGAAUACUAAAUAGAUGGGAUCUGAAAUAAGUGAACUCAAUGUCAAAUACAGACAGAUUAUAGAAGUGGGAAAAAAAUAUKUUUUCCAGCUCGAGUCAGUGUUGCAUCUGCUUAUCCUCCMCCMAAAAAAUCGUCKGAAAAGGUUAAGUGUAUUUUGUGCGCCAGCCUAAAAAGACAGCAYUUGGGAAUAUACAAUGRUCAUAGGUAUAUUUUAUUAGAUCUGCAUUCGGGAAAAGGCGUCAGAGGAGAGGACUGCGUGGGAGUGAAUAAGGYCGUCAUGGGCUACGAACUCRUUAGUGACAAUAGCUAGCCUCAGGGGCGAUUAAAAUAUUUGUUGCAAAGCACUAUUGGAUCUCAUUAUGAAAUUCUGUUGUGUGAUCAUUCACUGAAAUUGAAAAGGAGGCGAACACGGCUUAUUUUCCGUGAUUCUCUUUAUACAUUAAAYCUUACAAAGCACAAUGUUGUUUGGUUACAGUCAGAGUCGCAUACAGCUAGGAAUAGAGAGAUGGCAUACCUUAUCGGACCGACAUUGCAAGGACCAUUGAUAUCGAAUAAAAUAAUGUUUGAAUCUAAGGUAGCAGUAUUGGUGCGGUCAAUCAACUACUGAAAUCCAGACAUUAUUAUAAAACUGAAAUUUGAAUGACUUUCUUUUGCAUCGUCAAUGAACUUGCACGAAUUGUUUACGAAUAUAAACAUUAUCAUUACUAAAAAUAAAUGAGUCCUCUGCGUUUACUAGUGAUAUUUUUAAUACCGAGCUUUCGGCCUAAGCGGCCAUUAUCAAGGUAGAGUACAMGUAAGAUUUUAAACAACGCAAAAAACGGAAAGCGCGUGAGGAAACAUAGCAAUACAGCGCGAGCUGUUCAUUCUGAUUGAUAAAAGCCGUUUAUUAAAUCGUGACAGGCAGCAUUUAAACAUCUUAUGGGUUUUGCCUCGCGAUGUGUCAUCUCGAACAGUUUCAUGGAAAGAGGAUCAUUUUUGUUCAUUCCGGAUCACGGAAAAAUAGUAUUGCGUAUAGGAGUUCAUUAUGAUGUCUUAGUCCUCAGAUAGAUUUCCUUCAUGAUGUAACUCACAUGAAUGCUAUUAAUUCGAUAAUAAAUUCUUUUAAAUGCUA